AGACGUUCCCCGUAUUUUAUCUAGGUGGACGUUCUGUGGUGUCAUACCUACAAAUGUGUAGUGCAUGAAGAGCGGUAUUUAACAAACUAAAAGAUGGCAGCUACAACAGAUAAACCCGAACCAAAAGUGGUCUACCGAUUCCUCGGAAAAUCGGGACUGAGAGUGUCCAACAUUUGUCUUGGAACAAUGACAUUUGGCAAAUCUUCUGCAUUUGAGCUCUUCAAUGGACCUACCCAAGCUGAUGAAGCAGAGUCACACGCUAUCCUGGACAGAUUUGUGGAGCUUGGAGGAAACUUUAUAGACACAGCCAAUGUAUAUAGCUUGGGGCUAUCAGAAGAAAUCGUCGGUUCCUGGCUGAAAAAACAAAAACGAGAAAACUUUGUCAUAGCAACAAAAGUCCGUGCUACGAUGGGAUCAGGACCAAAUGACUUGGGUCUGAGCAGACGACAUAUCCUACAAAUGUGUGAUGACAGCCUUCGACGUCUGCAGACUGACUAUAUUGACCUCUACCAGACUCAUGGUUGGGAUUCGGCAGUCCCCAUAGAGGAAACCCUUCGGGCGUUGGAUGACCUUGUCAGGGGCGGCAAGGUUCGCUAUGUGGGCGUCUGCAAUGUCACAGGCUGGCAGAUGCAGAAGAUUGUCGACAAAGCGGAAGCAAUGGGAAUCAACUCCAUCAUAGGUCUACAGCAACAAUACAACCUGUUAUGUCGCCAUCCCGAGUUGGAGGAGUUUCAGGUGUGCAGGAAUGAAGGUGUCGGUGUACUUCCAUGGAGUCCACUGAAAGGGGGAUUGUUAACAGGAAAGUUCAAGCGUGGGGCCAAACCAGAAAGUGACGGUUCUAGGAUUGGGUUUACCGCCGCCAAGGAGUCAAGUAGAACAUUCCAGAGCAGUCCCGGUUGGAGCAAGUAUGAAGAUAAUGAGUUUUACUGGAACCUUGUGGACGUCAUGUCCAAAAUAGCCAUUAGCCAUGGUAGAAGUGUACCCCAGGUGGCACUGAGGUGGCUUCUGCAGAAGAAUGUGGUGUCGUCAGUGAUAAUCGGUGCCACCUCAAUCAAACAGUUGGAGGACAAUAUGGGAGCCGGUACGGGCUGGACGCUUACCACAGAGGAGAUGGAUGAACUAGAUAAAACUUCAAGCGUGGAACUACCUUAUCCCUACGAAAUGGUCUUACGUUUCAAUAAGGACAGGAAAAACCCAUUCCUCGGAACGUCUUCUGUGGAAAAUACACAAGAGUAAAAACCAAUGCAAAGAAACGCUUCAAGAUUGAUAACCUCAAACAUUUGUGUCCCAUCCUGAACAUAUUUUUUUUUUAUUUUUUUUAUUUUAAAUGUUAAUCGUUUUGGACAUUAUUGUAUUCUGCAUAACCAAAGUUCAGCUAUAGUUUAGGAAGUUGCAUUGAGCUUGAUAAGUUACACCUUAGCUACUCAGAAAACAGACUUUUUCUUUUAGUACCCCCAUGCCUCAACAUUCCUUAAGAAACUUAAACCUGUAUUAAGUUGGAGUAGUCGCCUGCAUUUUUAAUACCCACUUACAAGCAAUUAUCAAUGGAAUGCCCUUUUAUCACCUCGUCUAAAAACGUUAUUGUUGAGAUAUUAAAAUAAAAUCACCUAUAGUUUCGCUUUAUUCCAAAUAAGAAAUGUAACCAUACCAUGUCUUGUCAUUACGUUAUAUGGCUAAGAGGAUGAGGUGUGUUCCUCUCCUUUCUCUGUGACCCUUCCUUUUAAUUCCCAUCCGUAAUCACUUCCCUGAAAAUGCACUUCCUUCCACCCAAUCAAAUUAUGGCUUUGACGUCCCUGAUAUAUCUUAUACUAUUGUAUUAACAUUCAAUCAACACAUUGUUUUGUAGAAUAUAUUUUUAUUGAUGAUUUUUUCAGUAUAAUAUUCAGUGUCGUUAAUUUACAGUGAAGUUAUACGAAAUUAAUUUAUUUUCACCUUUGAUGAUAUAUGGUGGAGUAUCAAUUUUAUAUUAGCCAAUAAAAAUUGUAUUUCCUAUUUCCUGCCGCAGACAUUCUUUACAGCUGAAGAUGAAACGACAGAAAAAUAAGUGUUUUCUACCAUCUUUGUAUAAAAGUAAUAAAUAGAAAUUUUAAUGGUUUUCUGGUUACAUAUGUAAAUGCCAUAUCUAUUUCACUUUUAUGACAGAAUAUAUUGAUAUUUUCAGGAAUGCGAAGGACUUGUGAAAAAUAUCAUUAUUCUGACAUACUCGAGAAAUAUUGAUGGUAUUAAACGGUAAAACAAUUAAUUUUCUUAUAUAUAUAUAUUGGUCUAGUCAUUAAACCAAAAAAGAGAAAGUUAUUCACAAAGUGCUUUAUGAACAUUGAAAUAAACCAUUUAAUAAAACUUGUGCAUUAGCUCAAUUUUAGUAAUUAUAUUUUUAAAUGCGUCAUUGAUUAUCAAUUUGUUUUUUUAUGAUAUUAACAUUUAUCAAAUAUAUGCGUA